UGGACGGGAACCGUACGAGAUGGAAGCUAGAAUGAUAUGAUAUAAGAGCUUCUCGAGUUCCGCAAGCUAUUCAUGCAAGAACAAGGCAACUGAUCCACCUCACACAAUCAUGUCUACAAGUACGUUGUAACCUUCAGCAUUGAUGGUAUGCACGGUAGCGAUGUCGAGAAGUGGGUUUCCCUGAGCCCUAAGUCGACAAUCGCUUCCUUGCUCAAGACCGGCUACGAGUACACCGAUUGCUACACCAGUGCACCCUCGGAUUCCUAUCCUGGUGUCGCAAAUUUCGUGACAGGCGGCAGCCCAAGAACCACUGGUAUCUGGUACGAUGAUGUUUACGAUCGAUCAUUCUGGCCUCCUUACUCCACGAGUGGCAAAAACUGCUCAGGCCCGCCAGGCGCUGAAGUCACCUAUGACGAAACCAAAGACUACGACUGGACAAAAUUGUGGUCCGGCGGCAUCGAUCCAGCCAACCUUCCUCAGUCCAAGAUUGAAGGAGUGUGCACGUGGACAUAUCCUCACCAACGUAUCCGCGUGAACACCAUCUACGAAGUGGUUCACGAGUCAGGAAAGCAGACUGCUUACACUGAUAAGCAUCCUGCUUAUGACCUGGUCAGAGGGCCAUCUGGAAAGGGUCUCAGCGUUGGGUACUUCCCGGAGAUCCAAUCGUUUGAUACCACAAACGUCACCCAAAUUAUCGGGUAUGAUCAAUUGCACGUCGACAGUUGGCUUGCCUGGGUAGAUGCUACUGAACUUGUCAACUCCGAGGUCCAAGAGAAAUUGACUGGUAUUCCCACACUGUUCGGUGGCAACUUCCAGGCUGUCUCCGUUGCACAGAAGUCCUAUGGCUAUGUUGCUGGCAGCCUUGACUUCACACCCGAGCUCGUCAGGGCCUUCACUUUCGUGGAUGAUUCCAUCGGCCAGGUUGUCGCAGCUCUGAAAGCCAAGGGAGUCUUUGAUGAAACCCUGAUCGUGAUCGCUUCCAAACAUGGCCAGGCACCAAUUGACCCCACAUUGUACGGAAAGAUUAGCCAGCACAUCUUCCAGACUGACGUUGGUGUUCCCGUCGACUUCAUCACCACUGAUGAUGUGGCCCUCAUCUACCUCACCGACCAACGCGACACGGACAAAGCUGUUGACAUCUUGAACGGCCUCCGCCAAACUUUGAAGAUCGAGGAUAUCAUCUCUGGCGAGCGUCUCAUCUACGAAGGGUACGGUGACCCCACGAAAGACCCCGCUGUUCCUGACAUCAUUGUCGCUCCCGAGAAAGGCAUCAUCUAUACCACCAGCACUAGCAAGAUCGCUGAGCACGGAGGCCUGUCAGAUGAUGACCGCAAGGUCGCUUGCAUCGCAAGCGCCACGAACCUAAAGAAGACUGUCUUCGAUCACCAGGUUCAUACUAACCAGUUUGCUCCUACCAUCUUGCAAGCACUUGGCUUGGACCCCAAGGCCUUGAAGGGUGCUGUUGCUGAGGGCACCAGAAUUAUCGAUGGUUUUUAAAGAAGGGGAAUGGAGGAGAGGAGGAUAAUGCAGAUUGAUUUGGCUUCCUAGAAGUCCAUACCCUAUUCUAAUUCUUCAAUAUGACAUAAUGAUUAAUAAACCCCUAGGUUAUUCCGAUGAAUAAAG